AUGGCGAAGCCAGGGUGCAUUGAUACCUAUGGACGAGUGACAAUUCCCUACCCAUUUGGAAUUGGUCCAGAUUGUGCUCUCAAUGAAGCAUUCACCAUAAGCUGUACAAAUGUCUCUGGCGAUUCCAUCAACAGUUCAAAUUCAAAGCCGUAUCUGGGGUGCUUUAACCUGGAAAAGCAACAUUUUUCUGCGGAUGCUAUUGAAAGAACACAUCUCGUUAGUGCUAAGAAAUUGAGCAAGGCUAUUGAUGCAUUCAAUGGAAGUCGAAUACUUAGGCAGGGUGGUCAAGGUACAGUGUAUAAAGGGAUGUUAACUGAUGGAAAGAUUCGCAAUCAAAAAGAAGUUCCCCUACUGGUUAAUGAAUUCAUCCCCAACCGAAGCCUUUAUAAUCUCAUGCAUAAUCAGAGUGAUGAUGAUUUCCCCUUCACUUAUAACUCGAGAAUAAGAAUAGCCAUAGAGAUAGCAGGGUCACAGGCAUAUCUACAUUCUGAAAUUUCAGUUCCCAUCUUGCACAGAGAUGUGAAAUCAAGCAAGAUACUUUUUGGAUAA